AUGUUGACUAGAGAUGGGUUUGAAACAUUCUUAACAAAUAUGCUUACAAAGUUUACGGUCAUUUUCGUUCUCCUGUUUAUACACAGUUCUGAGGCAGGACUUUACGACCUCUUUACGCCAGAGUCACGAUUAUCUGGAUUUGUCAUAGAGAAAAUUUCUCCGAUUGGAAUGGUCAUGUGUGUUAGAGAAUGUUCGAAUAGACGUUCGUGUGCUUCGCUAAACUUUCAUCGCGGAAGAUUAGAAUGUGAGUUGUCCUAUAGUGACGUCACAGUAAAUCCAUCCAACAUGACGUCAGAUUCUGAUUUUAUUUACAUCGGAAGGAACCAAAUACCACAGGAUUAUUUUGACGCUUGUGGUGUGUCGUGCUCAACUAGAGGGAGUUGCGUCACUGCGUCAACUGGACCAAAAUGCGUCAAAUCAGACUGCCCUAUUGAUCACCCAGACAUUCAUUUUACUGGGGUCAAGGUCACAUCCACCAAAAUCGGGACUGUCCUCAAUUACACAUGUAACUCAAAUACUUCAAUAACCUUGACCUCCACAUGCAGAGGUGAUGGGACUUGGACAUCUUCUGUCUCAUCCUGCUAUGAACCGCUGCCAGACUGUUUCAACACACCUGCGUCUUGUUGGGUCCAAUUUGACUUCUUCUACGACAACACGUGGAACGGAUGUACCGGGGGAACCCGUUAUCUCCGGAGAACUCAGUAUCCUUCCGCCCCGUUUGUGGGCGUGGUCCUGUGUAGUCCUACCAGGUACAAAAUAGUUCUUGGAUCCGCUCUCCUAGAUAAAUUCCUCAGCGUUGGUGAUGGUGAUGGUUCAGGAGCGGAUCACUGUGAACUUGUGGGCGGAUAUCAAACUGAAGCUAUAAUGGCAAAUGAUUACAAAACAGCUCCAACUGUAACGGGCUAUAGGCGUUCUCAUUGGGGCGAUCCUUUCACUGUUGGGACGAUAAGCUACUCAGAUACUGUUUAUUACUAUAAUUCGUGGUACGAGUGUGGAGUGAGUAUUCCAACACCGCCAACACCCCCAACACCUGCCUGUUUUAACACCCCGACAUCGUGUUGGCAUGAGUAUAGCUUUGUUCAUGAUACUGCGUGGAACGGAUGUACAGGUGGCCGGAAGUACGUCAUGAAGACCAAAUAUACUUCCGCUCCUAUUGUCGGAGUAGAACUUUGUAGUCCAAUAAGGUAUCAGCUAUUCCUGGGAGCAGAUUUAACAGAUACGUUUCUGAACAUUGCUGAUGGGCUUGGCGAGGGGGCUGACCACUGUGAAUUGGUAGGGGGGCUGGAGGUGAAUGCAGUUCUCCCUGGGACAUACAUGAGCGCACCUGCAUUAACAGGGUAUGCAAGACACAAUGCGGGCGAGGAAUUCAACGUACGACCUAUUGCAGGAGGUUCAGGGUGGUACAGUAACCCAUGGUAUGAGUGUGGGGUCAGGAUACCCUGGCCACAUGAACCAGCCUGUAUGAGUGCCACACCCCCUUGUUGGUACGCCUACAAUGUGUCAGUAGACAACAGCUUCAAUGGUUGUACUGGACAGAUACUUGUCAAGAGAACAAACUACACAUCGGCUCCCUAUCUCGCCGUGCAGCUGUGCAGUAGUACAAGGUACAAGUUAUUCCUGGGUUCUAGUUUAGGGACCACAUUCAUGAACAUCGGGGACGGUAAUGGAUCGGGUCAAGACCACUGUGAACUCAUGGGUGGGUCUGAAGCUAGUGCGACCGUAGCAGGAGACUACAUGAACUCGCCGUCAGCGUCUGGUUACUACAGAAACUCACCCGGUGCGGCGUUUAGUUUUGGGCCAAUAGGUCAUUACAAUACGAUAUUUUAUUUCAACAGUUACAUAGAGUGUGGUAUGUCCAUUCCCGGCACAAAUUCUGUGGUUUAGACAAUAUGCUCUUUAUAUUACAUGUAAUAGUGUAUAAAUUAUAAAACAACAUGGACUGUAUCCAGGAGAAGGAAAAAGUGUUGAAUAUCAUUUGCACAUGCAAUUUUUUCAUUUGUAAUUACGUGAAAUUCCAAUGCUUGCAUAUUUUAUGCUGUUUUUGUACAUAUAAAAUCUUGAUUUCAAUCUUUUUUCUACAUGUGUCUGUUUCAAUUGAAUUACUGUAAAAUAUAAAUACAAAGACACACUAUUUCUGUAAAUGUUAGAUUUAUAAAUAAACA